CAAUCUCAAAGCUAAUGCCCUAAUAACAGCUAACCUACAGCAUCGCCAUAUUCAGCUUCAGCCAGGUCAAUAACACCCCCAAAAGCGCGCAACCGGCUAGGGUAACAGUUCUCUUACUACUAACCUACCGAACACUCUUCCUGCAGCCCAUUUGUCUCCUUCCACAUGACACCAUUCAGCAUACCCUACUUCGCGGAUGAAGCAAACCUUCCCGCAAGCUUACCCACUGCCGAGGAAAUCGCGUCUUCAACCGACCUGCUCAGUGAGACCGGAGGGCGCAGAGUCGUCGGAGUAGGCGAUCACUAUGUUGUCAAGUAUGGAAUGCGGGUCGACCUACUCGAGGGAGAGACCAUGCUCCUUCUCGAACGCUCGACUACCGUUCCCGUUCCACGUGUAUACGCGAUGUACCAAAGCGCCGACAAGAAGGUCAACUACAUUGUCAUGGAGCGCAUCAUUGGCUCCACUUUGAAGUCCGAGUGGACAAGGUUGGACCAAUCUGCGAAAGAAGCGGUGUCUUUUCAACUUCGAGCCAUUAUCAGCGAGAUGCGAAAGCUGGAGUCCCCCGGAGGAUACUGCAGUGUUGGUCGGCGCGAGUUGUCAGAUGAUCUCUUCUGGACUAACGAUCCGACUAAACCCUUCGCCGGGCCAUUCGAUACGGAGUCGGAUCUGAAUAACGCUGUGAUCGCGAAAUACCUUGAGAGCGGGUAUAGUAGGUACAAGGCGGACCACUACGCGCGAACGUUUGAACAACUCUUCCAAAACCACGGCCCCGUCUUCUCGCAUGCGGACUUCCAGAAAAAGAACAUCAUGAUACGCAAACGCUCAACGGCGGAGACCAUGGAGGAAGAUGGAAUGUGCUGGAACGCUGCCAAUGUGGAGGGUGUCCUCAUCGACUGGGAGUUUGCUGGAUGGUAUCCGAGCUACUGGGAAUAUUCACGAGCGAUUUUGGGGUGCGGGCUCUGGGAGGAUGACUGGAGCUACUGGGUUGACCAGAUUCUGGAGCCGUUCCGGGUGGAAUAUGCAUGGACGGAACAGCUCUUUAGGGAGCUAUGGUCUUGAAAGGAUCUAGAGGAGCGGAGGGAAGUAUGCUACCGCUUCCGCCCUCUUGGAGAGCCUGCUAUCAAGCUCUCCCAUCUCUCGAGUUUUCUCUUUUCCCCCACUUUUGUAGUGGUU